GAAAUCCUGGUGGCUUUCAGAAUAGUAGCAGCAGAAUUCAUGAUAGUUACUGAAUAUGAUGGAUAGAAGCUGGCUUAUUCUUGGUGAGUUCUGUGUCUGGGCUUUGUAAAUAUUCACUUCCCGCACUGAUGUCCUAACAACACCACUGAUCUAUUGGUCAAAAGAACUGAAUUGUGCAUCAGAGCUUUCCCACUAGCUGGUAAGUUUUUUAAUUACCCUUUAUCUUCCAUUUUCUAUGCCCAUAAAAUGGAAGCUACAUGUCCAGUCUCCCACCCCAGCCCAAAUGGCCACUGAAUUUGAAGCAAAGACAUUUUUGUAUAUCUCAAAUUGUUUAUAAUUACCUUCUGACCAAUUUUAGUUAAAACCAUGGAUUUUUUCAUUGUGAGUGAAUGAAUAUUAAUAGCCUCUCAGAACAGAUUCCAUAGUUGAGUUAAACAAGAAAGUCACCUGAGUUUCUGUCAUGAUGUAUAACAUAGAGAUUCCCUUGAGCAGAGUUCUGGAGAAGACUGACAUCUUUUCUCAGUUAAGUGUAGAAUAUGCUUAGUUUUUUGGAGAGUCCUUGGCUCUGAUUGCUGAGAAACUGGGAUAAUUCAGUGCAGCAAAAAUAAGUCUUUUUUUCUAAUCAAGACUUAUUUGGAUUUUUCUGUUUUUUCCCAUUCACUAGUUGAAAUUUCCUGUGUCUUGUAACCAUUUAACAAUAUGUUACUAACCAUCCAUUAUGUCCUGCUUUAUUCUCUUUUAGAUGAAAGAGCCAUGUAAAAAGAGAAUUCGCCAACCCCUGUGACUGAAUUUGAGCGAUAAUGUCAAUGGAAUUAACACAUUGCCAUUGUUGAAUGGUCUCCUGCGGCUAUAUAAACAUCAAGCCCCAGCCAUUGCUGCAGAUCCUUCCUCUCUUUGUCCCUUUGGACAUCAAAGGAUCGCAAGGGGACAGCCCUGGCGAGAAGCUCCUCCCUGCUCAUUAGCCUCCAUAAAACAGGAACUCACCUUGGCUAGUCGUGCUUGGAGUCCCAUCCUCAUCCUGGUCACUCUUGACACUGGAUCUCAGAAAGAAGGGCUUUUGGUUGCUUCAGGAAAUCAGCCCUGCUUUUGAACUGGACUAUUUUGGCUCCCCUUGUAAGAACUUUGACGGCUCUCUUGACCAUACAAGCUCCUAGACUCCACAGUACAUGGCAAAAUGCAAGCUUUACCAGACAUGAAAGUGCCAUGUGAGGCCCUUCCUUCCCCCAGCCUGGAGCACUACCCACAGAGCUCCAUUGUGGUUACCCUUGAGGACAUGGAUCUCUGGAUGAAGUUUCAUCAGAUAGGAACUGAGAUGAUCAUCACCAAAUCGGGCAGACGAAUGUUUCCACAAUGCAAAAUCAAAGUCUCUGGCUUAAUCCCUUAUGCCAAGUACCUCAUGCUGGUAGAUUUUGUGCCAAUGGACAACUUCAGGUACAAGUGGAAUAAAGAUCAGUGGGAAGUUGCUGGAAAAGCAGAGCCCCAGCUCCCUUGUCGCACCUACGUGCACCCAGAUUCCCCAGCUCCUGGCAGCCACUGGAUGAAAGAACCUGUCUCCUUCCAAAAACUGAAGCUCACCAACAACACUCUGGAUCAACAUGGGCACAUCAUCCUGCACUCCAUGCACCGUUACAAGCCUCGCUUCCACAUUGUGCAGGCAGAUGACCUCUUCAGUGUCCGCUGGAGCAUCUUCCAAGUCUUCAGCUUCCCUGAGACUGUCUUCACUUCUGUUACUGCUUACCAGAAUGAGCAGAUUACAAAGCUCAAGAUUGACAACAACCCAUUUGCUAAAGGUUUCCGUGAGCAUGGGAAGAACACUCGAAGGGAAGGACGAGCCAAAUGCCAGAAGCCUAGUCCAGCCAAAGGCCAGAAGAGGAAGCUACCUGAAGAAAAGGAGUCUGGUGCUGAGGAACAUGAUUUUGAGAAAGAUGAGAAUGUGGAUGUGAAGGAAGAGAGUAACCCCGUGGUGGUCAGCAGCGGGUACCCCUUCUGGGUCUCGGAGCAGAACGGCAGCCAUGCCUUUCCUGCAGCAUCCCCAGUGCCAGCUGACCAGAGGGAGGGUCUGACCAGAGAGCAGCAAGUGCCUACGCCGUCCUACCAGACAUAUCGGUUCCAUGAAGCUGGGGACAGCCAGCAGCUUCCCACCCGUGAUGCCACAACCUUGAACGACUUCCGGGCAAGGUGCCAUGCCUUGGAUCUCUCCACAGUGCCUGAGCAUGACUCCAAGCAGCUCCCAGAGGGCUUCACCAACCUGCCUCCGCUCCCCCCGCCUCUGCCUCCUCCCCAGGACUACACAGGAGUGGUGAACAUGGCUCUAGACUCUGUCGGGAAACCGGGGGCCCGAGCGCCCAUGUACAGUCCCUACGGCACUGAGCAAAGCCUCGGCCAGUGGAUGGUGCCUUCCCACAGCCAGUACAGGGCAAUGAGCUACUCGGCCUUCUCCACAGAGUACAAUGCACAGGGGGCUCCGGCACAUGCCCAUGGGACCAUGGCAGAGUGGAGCCAGUACCCUCUGUUCCCCUAUGCCUGCUGGUGAACUGGGAGGACCCUUCCCAAUGAAAAAACUGAAAAAAAACUGUAAAUGAGAUCAAAUCUGCUCUGGGGUGUUGACCUUUUGAAGCCUUGCCUACAUGAGGCAAAGAGGUAUUGCUGCAAGCAGUAGCAUGGGACACCUUCACUUCUUUUGUCUCCUUGCACAACAACCCUCACCAUGUUUCACAAGCAGUAGCUAAACUGAUGGCUGCCUGGCCAGUGUGGGUCUGGCUGAAUCAAUGUGUUCUGCAAUUGGUUUUUUUUUCAGCAGGGAUAGGAAGCUGCAGGAGUUCCAGAGCAGUAUUUAAAGAGCUGAUGAACUCUCAGACCCAGCCUGUUUGCAUCUCACAUUUGGCUGUUUGCAAAAUCUUUUCCUCCCAGGACUUGCAUGCAAAGAGAUAGAGGAUGAAGAGUUUCAGUAAGCUGUCCAGGUGGCCAAAAAGCUGUAGAGAAUUACUGCAGAGAUGAACAAAAAAAGCAAUCCUGGUGUCCCCCUGAACAGUUUCCUCACUUAGUAUAGUCAAACUAAAGUUAGAGUCUUGCCUUUCUUCCAGCAGCGUACAAGAGUAAAAUGCACAGCAACGUGCGUGUGUCUGGAGCGCGGCAGUGGCUCGUGCAGGCAGGGAAGAGUUUGUCCUGUUUAGGAGAAGCAGCAGCAAGGCUGUGUGUUGUGUCUGCAUGUCCCCUGUGCCCUCUUCUGUCACCCCUAGGUUCGAGGUUAGUGAAACACUUUUCUUUCUGCUGGUGGUGGAGGGAGGUUGUUCAGAAUGUGGGGGGCUGCUCUGGGGGGUUGCAAAGGCCUGUGCUCAUCAGAAACAGGGCAACCAACAGCACUGCUGGCUGUGUCUCUCAACCUCUUCCUUUCAAGGGAAAGGAAAUCUUGCACUGCGAACUUUUCUUUCUUCUUCCACUCCCUGCAGCCCCAUGAAAAUAUAAUUUAUAGUUGUUAUUGUGCUACACUCUGAGCGAGCUUUGUCAACAGGCAGUUCUCACCAGCCUGGCAUUGCUCAUCGGGAAUAUACUUCAAUUAAUACCCUGUAGGCACUGAGCUGCAUGCUGCAUUGCUGGUCAGCAAAGUCAUCUUUUGCUGUCUGGGAGUCUGUAGGGAUCUGCUUCCAUGUUUAGUUAUCAGAGGAGUUUCAGUGCCCUCACCUCUGUGGCCCCAUCGUGGAGGGGAGCUGUUCUGCCAGCAAGCAGCCUGUAUGCUGCCUUGCAAAGAGGAUUUCUUUUUAUCUUCAUGUUAGAAGGAGGGAGCAUCCCUGUUUGCCCAAGUCCCAGAAUGGCCCUGGCAAUGCGAUCUUGUUUGAGACAGGCUCUUUGCUUCUCAGGGAGAAUAGACAUGUUCCUAGAUGUUAUUUAGGGAAUGUUUUCUUGUUAUACUUUAAAUAAACUGCUCUGUGGCCUGUAGCCAUCAGUAGGCAGUGAGGUGUGUCACUUAUUUUGUAUGCCAGAUGGUUUUCUCUGUGUGUGUGCAGCAAGAUGUUGUCUAUGAGCAGACCUGGGUGGGUUUGUGACCCACAUCAGGACCGGUGUGCAGGUACACCGGGAAAGGCUGUGUCUGUUUGGGUACUAGGUCGGCACUGUGCAUGUGCAUAGGGUAGAGGUGUUGAGCCAUGUUUAUUAUUGUUAAAAUGACUUUUGAAAAGUAGCCCUCCGAAUUUGUGAAACUCAACUACAAUUACUCCUUUGUUAUUUAAAUCAUACAUCGAUAACUGUUUUUGUAGCACAAUUAUGAGAUAUACACAUCAGCCAAAUACUUCCCCUCAGCUUCACAGGAUGUGAAGAUGUGCAGCAUUUGAACAAAGGUCAGACUUCACCACAGUGUAUGCAUGUAAUACCCUAUUAGCCUCUCCUCUGGGAGCACCCUGGCCAGUAGUGAUUUGUACCUGCUGUGCAUGACAUGUGGAUAUGAGCAACUCGCUAAAAAGAAAUCUGGUUGGAAAAAAUGAAGAGGAGAUUGUUUGUAACCCCAGAAUAUUGUGAUUUGCUGCUAUCUGAAUGUCAGCUGUGUGAAGGCAGGUCAGCUGCAAAAGGCUGUCCUCUGUGAGCGAGAAGAAUAUUCUGUCUCUGACCAUUAGUAGCUGAUUUUGCCACUACUCUUUUGCACAUCUUGGAAACCAGAUGAGAAGGUGGCUGGGGAGUUUGGUGCUUUGAGCCCCGUGUGCAGGGGAUGGUACUUUCUGCAAGGCAGUCCUGGUACCCCGCCGUGAUUGCUGCAAGUACCAUGCUGACAAGAAAAGAGAAAGUAAUACAUCCCCCUCAGGCUACCUGGUUAGAUCUGUUUCUUUAUCUUUGAAGUUGGGUUGUAUUUCCCUCUGUCACAGGGUGCUAAUGAGGGUGAAAACCAUGCUGUGGUAAGAGUAACUGGGGAGAACUGGGCAGCACAGGGAAACUCCUGCGCAAAUAUGAGUAUAAUCUUCUUUUCAAACCUUCAGAGCAGCAUUGCAAGUGCUGCUGCCCCAUGGGCCUGUUGGUAGAGCUGGUUUGGCAAAUGGCUCUGCAAACGGGUAAAAGACUCAUCCUUGCACCUAGGACGAGCUAUUAAUUAUUCAUCAGCCUUCUGUUGCAAGAGGACUCCUUGCCCUUCUUCAAUGAAUCAUCUAGCUUAUUAGAAAAGUACCUUUGCUUUCCUUGCUCUCCUGUCUCUGGUUAGAGACGCUGGCUUGGCUGGUUUGUGAAGCCUUUGGAAAUCUUGCCCGUAGGUGUGUGCUCUGGACUCUGCUGCCGCCUCCUCUCUCUGCAGUUCCCACUGUCUUGUUUUCUUCAGCUGUGGCAUUUAAAACUCUGUAUGAGCUCGACUGAAACGCUGGUUUUGCACGCGUGUGAGAUAAUGUAGUGCCUCUCUGACAACUCCAAUAAAAGGAAAUGAGACAUGCGGAAGGCAGGCCAUUAAGAGCAAUAAAAUAAACUCCAAAGUG